AUGGUAGACCCAAGCGGCUUCAGUGUCCGGCCACCAAAAGGCCCCGAGGAGGUAAAGUCCCUCUGGUGGCCAUGGAUGCAAUCGCUAGGCUGGAACCGCGCCGAAGAAGACUUCACCACCCACUGGCACUCCUCCGGCGGCAACUACAUCGUCCUCACCCACAAAGACCCUUCCUCCCCCUCUUCUUCCUCUUCCCCCUCCCCACCCGAAAACGCCAUCGACCAAGCAAAACCAAAACCAAAAGCAAAACCCGUCGGCAUCAUCCUCCCCCUCGCCUACCCCAACAACACCGGCUGGCUCGGCUUCUUCGUCGUCGACGCCGCGUACCGCGGCACCGGCGCCGGCGGCGGCCUCCUCUUCCGCGCCGCGCUCGACGACCUCGCGCGCCGCGGCGCCCGCCGCGUCGGCCUCGACGGCGUGCGCGAGCAGGUCGCCACGUACGGCCGCCGCGGGUUCGUCGAGCGCGGCCGCGUGAAGCUGAUGCAGGUGCGGGCGCAGGCGCAGGCGACGUCGGGGGAGGUGGGGGAGUUGGCGGCGGUGCAGCAGGAGGACGAGGAGGAGGACUUGGGUGGGAUGGCGGCGGCGGUGGUCGUUAAGACUUUGGAUGAGGUGCGGCCGCCGGCGCUGGUGGCGGCGGAUGAGCGGGUGACGGGGUUGCGGAGGACGGGGCUGUGGACGGAGGAGCUGUUGGCGGGGCGGGGCGAUGCGUGGGGGUUUGCGGCGGUGGUGGGGGGCGAAGAGAGCGGUGGCGGUGGCGGUGGCGAUGGGAGGGGAGGGGAUGAGCGUGUGCUGGGCUUCGUGCUUGUGAGGUCCUGCCAGCAUGGAUACCGCGUGGGUCCGCUGUAUGCGCCGUCGCGCGGCUGGGCGAGAGCACUGCUCCUGCGGGCCAUGCAGAAGAUCGAGAGCUUCGGUGCCGCGGCCGCGGGGAAGUCGCUGGUCGCUGAGGUGUGGGGUGAGAAUCCCGUGGCCGUUGAGACGUUCGAAGGGCUGGGUUGGGAGUAUAGUGGGAUGGACUACUCGCGCAUGUGGCUGAACGGGGAGGAGACGGAGGCGCAGAAGAAAGGCGGGUUGGCGGAGAAGGAAGUGUUUGCUUGGUUCGAUGCUGGGGAGGGCUGA